AUGUGGCCAACACCUCCCGUCCGGAUCUUCGGGAUCUGGCCGGCAGUCUCCUCGCGGGGAUGCGCAAGGCCAACGCCCGCGCUACUGCUCCUUUGGUGUACCCUGGCUGCAGCGGUCCGUCUUCAGCGACCUCCGGUGGCUUCCAGCAACCAGCGCCCGACCGUGUCAAGAAGGCGCAACCGUCACGCUCGAGUCGGGAGAGUGGUCCUGGCAGCUCAGGAGAGGAGUCUGGCUGGAGAUCGGCUGGAGCCUCGCGUCGACCCCAGGAGCCCUCGUCUUCUUCGGCGGGAGGGAGCCGGGAAAGGAAAAUAGCAAAAUGUAGCGGGGAUGGGGCAAGCGGGUCCAAGACAAAGGGCGGGACCGGGUCGGGCUCGGACACCACCUUGUCUCGCAAGCCGGGCCGACAAAGGCAAGUAGUUCCGUCCCUUAUGGACGCGUCUUCGGAUGCUCGUUUCUUUUUGCGUGAUGAUUUCGUUCCUCCGAGUUCGGCCCCCUCUGUUUCUUCGGAAACUCGUGUUGCGUUUUCGAACCUUCCGGCUUCGCCCCCCCCUGUUUCUUGGGAAACUCGUGUCGCGUUUUCGAACCUUCCGGCUUCGCCCUCCCCCGUUUCUUCGGAAACUGCUGCACCCUCUGUUUUUUCUACAGCUCACCAUGCUGUAGAUUCAGAAAUCGUGCAGAACCCUGGGUUUUCGAACCCACACCCCCCCUCGGCGUUUGUGCCACCAGAGCCGGGUGCUCCGCAUGCUGUGUGUGGUCUUCGGACCAUGCUCCCCCUGCUGCUUCGGUAGCUACUAUCACACCCCCCGUUGUUGUUGAUGAUCGUGUUUUGCCACUUUCUCCGAACAUCGCACAUGCUCGUCAAGCCACGAUAGAUGCGACCGAUGCUCAUGCACGUGCGGCUCCUGUCACUACAGUGAAACGCGCGUACAUCACCCUCAAUUUGAAAAAGUCGAGAGUGUCGCUACCAUGCCCUUUCCUGCAACUCUGUUGCCUGGCGAUGACUAUCAGCAGCUUCUUCGCACAACACGUACGGCUUUAUCCGAUAUUUUGUUGUUGUGUGAUGAGCAGAGUGAUGGGUUGUACGGUAAUGAUUUCGUGCGUGGAUGGGAACGACCUCUCGAAAAGAAACUUUUGAGUGCGAUCACCCCUGACAAGCCCUCUACUGCCGAUCUCGUCCUCUCCAUCACUGAUUACUGUCAGCAGGUGAAGAGAAGCUUGGACGGCGGUGCCACUGGACCAGAAGCUUUUCAGUUGCUGUUGCGUCAUCGUGCAGAGCAACUUGAUGUCGGCGACCGUGAAGAGUCGUUUUUGCAGCUACAGCAAUUCGGUGUAGCAGAUGGUACUUCUUUCGCGGAUUAUCUUCGUGCUUCCAUUUGUUGGUUUCGUCUGUGACUAGCUCUGAACGUACUCUGGAUCCUAGUGUAUCCAUGGUUCUCGAAAUAGUGAGGCAUUUGGUCUGCAAGAAGUUUCCGAGUUUGUCUCCGAUUUGUACCCGGGUGCCCUGGCCACGGCCGUCACUCCUUUUGGGUCGAUUGUGGAUACGUGGGAGGCGUUCGCGCCUCUAGCGACCAAUAAAACCCCGGCUAUCGGCGGUUCGUCUUAUUUUUCGUUGUCUUCGACAAUUGGCUCCUCGCAGCCUCGGCGGUCCCACCACCGCGCUCCCGCGCCCUCGGGCUAGUGGGCAACCGGUUCUGCUCAGAACCCUGUAGUUUUGCCGGUACAAUCGC